AUGAAAGCGUCACUUGACGUUCCCCAUGAUGUUCGACAUCAAGUGGUUAGACAAAAAAAAAAAAAAAAGUUAGCCCAAGUUGAAAACUCAAGAGCUAUGAAAUGGACUAAGAUUGCUUGGAGUGAAGUAUCAGCUGAAACGAUCAGAAGAUGUUGGUUCCGUACAAAAAUCGUAUCUCCUCGUGAUGAAAAUGGAAUACCUGUCGUCCCCCCCAUUGCUGUUGAAAGCAUUGAUGAUGUAGAAGAAAACCUACCUCUUGAUUCGAAUGAACAACGAGCGGCUAAAGAACUCCAACAGCAAAUAGAUAUAUUGAAUCUUCGUAAUCCAAUGCCAAUUGAGGAUUUGUUAAACCUUGAUGAGGAACAAGAAGUACACCACCAGUUUACUGAUGAAGACCUGAUUCAGACUGCUACGGAAAUAGAACAGGUAGAAGAUGAAUUUGUUGCACCGCCCCUAACCGGAGAAGAACAAUUGAAUAUUUUACGUUGUGCCCUAAGGAUUGUUGAUGAGAGGAUCGAUGAUGGUGGAGUGACAAUGAAAACAUUACGCAAGCUACAAACCUGUAUCCGUGAGGAGGUUCAAAAAGAGAAAGCCGGAAAGCAAGUCCAACGUAAAUUAGAACAAUACUUCCAAGCUUGA